UAGUGUCAGCCGGUCCGGCAACGAUAUUCCGCUUAGUUGUUGUUUGUGGCGUUUUCUCAAGAUUUUGCUGCAAAAUGGAUGUGGAGAAGAUUUGUCGUACUUGCCUUAGCCUCUCGGGUCCAUUUCUGUCCAUUUACGAUGGUGGCACUGGCAGCUGCUUGGUCGACAUGCUGCGUGAAUUCACAAGGACUAAGCCGCGGCGCGAGGAUAAUCUGCCAGCCAGGGUCUGCCUUAGUUGCAUCAGCGAAAUAAACCACUGCUAUUCAUUUAAACUCAAAUGUGAGAGCUCAAAUCGAACGCUGCGACAGCUGCUGCCCAAUGCGCUGCCCGAGGAGCCUGACCAGCCAUCAACAGAAGCCAAGUCCGCAGUGGCUACGUCCGAAAGCUCAGUGCAAACUAAUGCGGUGUCAACAGCCACAGCUGAGGCACAAACGGAUGGGGUGGCCACAUCAGAUGCCGCGCAAAACACCAGCAUUGAGCAGCCAACGCUGCUGGCCAACGAACCACUGAUAGAUGAGGUGGAGGGACAGGAGGAGGAAGAGUAUGACUAUGAAUUUACCGAAGAGCAAGAAACAGAUGAGACACCAACCAAGGCGAGCGCCGAGAAUAUAAUACUGCAUGUGGAAAAAGACAACAUUAAGUUUGAAACGGAAAUGGUGUACAAUAAAAACACAGGCGAGCUGCUUGAACAGGCGGUGGAAACAGUUGCCAAGCAGAAGGAGUAUAAAUAUCGGCUUGUCAGCAAUGGUAAUGGCGACACAUACAUCUCACCAGAGCCUGCGCCAACACUCGCCUUGCCUACGCGCAAGUGUGCCACAAAGCUGCCUAAGGAGCAGCAAUCGACGCAUCAGGAGUCACAGUCAACGUCCAAACGCAGUGUGCAGCAUCAGCCGGCGGAACAGCUGGAUAUGCCGUCGCCUGCAAAAAAAUCAAAACCUAUUAACCCAAAUGGCACGCCUGCGGGUGAAUUGGAUGAGUUGAAGGCGAAGUUCCACUGUGAUCGCUGCAAUGCAGGCUUUGCGCUGGAGAAAUCCCUGAUCAUACAUCGGCGGCAAAAUAGCUGCACCCAUCGCAAUUUCAAAUGCAACAAGUGUGAGAGGGUAUUUGUCUCGCUGGAUCAUUUGACCGAGCAUCAGGCAACGCAUGGUGCGUUCAUAUGUCAGGAGUGCGGCUUGCGCUGCGAGUCCAUGGAGCAGCUGGGCAGGCACAUGGUGCAGACGCACAAGCGGAAUCUACGCAAUCAGUGCAAUGUUUGCCAGAAGGUCUUUACCAUGUUGUCCACGCUGCGGGAUCACAUGCGUAUCCAUACCGGUGAGAAGCCAUUUGUGUGCAAAGUUUGCGGCAAGGGCUUCACACAAAAUGCGAAUCUACGCCAGCACAUGAUGCGCCACUCGGACAUUAAGCGUUUCAAGUGCGAGCUGUGCAAUCAUUCGUUUGUAACCAAAGCGGAGCUGACCUCCCAUGCGCGCACCCACACCGGUGUCAAGCCGUAUCAAUGUGAGGUCUGCUCCUCCAGAUUCACCACCAGCUGCUCACUGGCCAAGCACAAGCGCAAGCACACAGGCGAGCGACCCUAUGCCUGUGACUUGUGUCCCAUGCGUUUCACAGCGCUCAACGUGCUGAAGAAUCACCGACGCACUCACACAGGCGAAAGGCCCUACGUUUGUCCCUUCUGUUCGAAGAGCUUUACACAACGUGGCGACUGCCAGAUGCAUCAGCGGACGCAUCAGGGCGACAAGAUCUACAUUUGCCCUGUGUGCAGCGAGGAGUUCAAAACGAUGACUGAUAUGCGCACGCAUCUGACGAUGCACGAACAGGACGACAAACGAUUGGUGCAUUUCACCCUGUUGAGCAACAAGGAGAACGGGAAUGCGGCGCUAGAGGAGGCGGACGAAGAGUCGGAUGCAACCGACUUGCUUUAGGUGACGGAGGCGCCGGCAGCGGCGGUGGCUAAUUUUCCCUGUGGGAAUUUUGAAUACGCUAGGUCUUAAGAUGGGGUGUUCCAUAGAUUAGAGCUGGAAAAUUAUCGACAGAGCUGAUACUCUCGAUUAGUGGUCUUAAUGCUCGGCACUUAUCAUGAGUUGGACGAGAUCGAUAUUUAGUAAAAGCUAUAGAAAACAUAUGUUCAUAUCCUAAAGCUACAUAAAUAACAAUUAAGCUCGCUGUGUUUCAAGCACAAAAAAAAAAUGCAAAACAUAUAUAUACAAACGAUAGUUUAUGUUCUGUUCAGUUGAUCGAUCAGUUGAGCUCUCGCUAUAGAUGUUUAACGCAGGGGUAUUCAGUGUAUAAGAAAUCAGGGGCUUUAAAUAACCUAUUGAUCGUUCGAGCUGUAAUUAGUGUUAUUAUCGAUAUGGACAUUCGGAGUAUUUAGUGUAUACAACUUUUUGAGGCUCAUUAACAUUCUUUUUUAUAUUAAAUGUAAAAGUUCUUAUGAAACUAAAAACCAUGCCUAUCGAUUUAUCACAAGCACGCCCUAUUAUCAAUAGUUCGGCGGUAGCUCGAUUGCUUUCCAGCUCAAAUUAAAAUUAUGACAUUUUUUGUAGAAUUUCCUUAGUCUUUAAUUUUAGCUUACAACAAUAGUUAUUAAAAUGCUUAUGAAUC